AUGACGAGCUUGUUCUGUGCAGCUCCUUCGUAUGCCGCUUUCCAGUAGAAAAUCAGCUCAUGUCCAGAUCCAACAACCUCAUUUUGAAAUAAAUAAGGCUGCCCUGCCCUCCAUGGUAUCCGUGUCGUUUUGCUCUCCCAGUUGCUCGGAUGGCGCAGCCACCUCCAGACCCACGCUUUGUGCUCAGAGGUACCGGUGCUGCUGUCCACGCGCUGCGUUUCUCCUGCGGAGGUGAAGAACCUGCCGUCCCCAUUCUCUUCUCUGGGUCUGAGAAUGGGUUUAUCCAUGUCUGGAACCUGAAAACUCACAGAGUGGACGCUACCCUGGAUGGCCAUGGAAGAAAAUCUGUCUACUGGUUGGAAACGAUGGAUAGUAAAGACAGGCUCCUGAGUCAAGGUCGUGACCAGAGGAUCUGCCUGUGGGAUUUAGCAGAGGGACGGACUGCAGUGAUGGAUUCUGUCUUCACGGAGAACGUGGGAUUCUGCAGAAGCUCUCUGUUGAAGGUGGCACAGGGACGCUGGCUGAUGGCCAUGGCAGCCAAGACCCUGGAGGAGGUUCAGGUUUUGGAGCUACCAUCCAAGACGUCGGUCUGUACCUUGAAGCCAGAGAUGGGUGCCAAGCUGGGCAUGCCCAUGUGUCUGAAGUUAUGGCAGUUUUAUUUUUCUCUUGGUCAGGGCAGCUGUGGCUCACAACCAUCACUUCUGGCUGGCUACGAAGAUGGAUCAGUGCUCCUUUGGAAUUUGUCAACAGGAAAAGUGUUGAGCCAACUUAUUUGCCACCAGGAGCCGGUGAUGAGCCUUGACUUUGACUCAGAGAGGGCCAAAGGGAUCUCGGGCUCAUCCGAAAAGGUGCUUAGCAUCUGGAGCCUCAAUGAGCAACAGAACCUGCAGGCUCAGAAGACGCACAGACUUGUCAAUGCUGGCAUAUCUGAUAUCACCAUCCGCCCAGACAAGAAGAUUUUAGCAACGGCAGGGUGGGAUCAUCGCAUCAGGAUCUUUGGCUGGAAAAAACUGAAGCCCUUAGCAGUGCUUGACUACCACACCGCAACUGUCCACUCUGUGUCCUUCUCAGACCACAAAAGCCCCAGUGACAGACUGCUGGCAGCUGGUGCAAAGGAUCACCGCAUCAGUAUCUGGUCAAUAUAUACUCAGACGUGAUCCGUUUGCACUGUCAUGCAUUGGAAGUAGGAUCGAUGAAGCCAUUCCUUACACAGAACUUCAAACCUGGAUCUGGUGAAGUAGUGGAAUGUUUUUCCAGGCGGAGGUGAGUCCCUGGAAAUUGCUAGAUUAAAAUUUUAUGCUGCUUGUUCAUGUGGAAAGUUCUGUCUCCCAUGGAGGGGAGUUGACUUCUAAAAUUUACAACAAGCGGAGCAAGGCCAGUCAUGAACAAUGAACAAAGACAGAGGACAAGUCGCUUUGAGUUCUGCUGCAGGUUUUGCAACAGCUUUUUCUUUGGCAUAUUGCUAACAUACCUUGGGCCAAUUUCUUGAAAAAGAACUGGAAUCUCUCAGACUUCUGUGGGAGCAGAACGUCUCUGUUCGUAAGUCACUCGUGUAUCUAAGAAUCUGUAUCAGUGUAAAAAUACCACUCUUCUGUGAGAACUUACACCCAUUAAACCGCCUCCAGUGGUUUUUCAUUGUCAGUUACUUUUUCUUCCCUGUAAGUGAAAGGCUAUCAGAGCAGCCUUGAUUUGUUCGCACUUCUGUCAGUUUCUAACUUAAACCAACAGCCAGGAAUGUGACUUGGGACGGCCUUUGGCAUUUAUGAAUUUCAUUAUGUCUCCCGUCACCUCAAGUCUCACAAUUAAUCACAAGAAGAAAAGGGGAAAAAUAACCUUCCCCUGCACUGCACUGCAAAGCUAUGUAAAGCCUUUUGCAGAGCCAGUGCUAAAUCCUUUCCAUGGACUGACUAGCUGAAGGAUUUAAACUCAGCAAUCCAAUUAGCACCUUCUCCUUGGAGAGUUAGGGUAAGUUUCAGCAUGGCAAGUCUGGGAUUCAGCUACACAACUCACAUUAACAUUUAGGGGAAUUUCAUGGAUAAAUCCUUACCCACACAGUGCAGAUGGAUCCAUUAACUUGUCAUCUCCAUGGUCACAGAAGCUGAAAUUCUUUCACAAAGGAGGGUUUUUUUGAAUGGUGAAGCAUUAGCAUUCUUUGACUACACCAAGAAAAUAUCUGUGAACAGACUGUCCUACGUUGGUACAUUUGAAGUCACACAAUUGCAGCUGUCCCACUGAAGCACUCAGCUGAUGCCAGCUUGUUGAGGAUGUAAUUUUAAAAGGGAUGUCCUAAAGACUAUGAAAACAGCUUUACGGACAGAAGUGUUCAUGCAGUUCACUAUUGCUAUUUUACUGUAAAUGUUUUUCUACCUUGUUACAAGGUUAAUAGCAGAGAAAAUGUCACCAGAACUGUAGUGAACAGCAACAUCAAGAGGUUCCCAAAAUAAAAGCCUGAUGUUCUUGCUCUCACAGAAACAGCACCCUGUUCUACCAGCUUUUCUAAAGAAAAUUUGGUCUCGCACCUUUUGGAGUGUGACACCUGUAAUAAUUCAUUUCUUUGAGUGUUUCUUUACUCCUAGGCAGCUGUGCAGAUGAUCACACUGCAAUAAAAAGGCAAAUCCUAAUUUUGAGUGAUCCUGAGUCAGAGGGGUGGUGCUGGUGUUCAUUACAUCUAUCAGACACGGUUGCAUAGAUGAUAAUGGCUCUAUCUCCACACAUCACCCACCUCCCACACAAAGGAGGAGUUGCCUGUGCCAUACACGAGUCUCCAGGCCAGGAGGACAGAGUCCUUCUGCACAGACCUGCUGCUAGAAGAACCCCCCUGAGACUGCCAUCUCUUCCUUUUCACGUGUACUCCGUAAACAGAAGUUCACGGAGUUCUGCUGUAUGAGAACAAUUUCACAAUCAGUUUUUGAAAGGACAUAGCCCAGGUGUAACCACUCAGGUUUUAGUCUCCACUUAAGAUUAUAAAUCAAUCACUCAAAUUUUUAAUAAGCUGCAAAAGCCAAAUCCCCAUCUGCCCUAUGCUGUACAAUCACAGCACCUUUUCUUAUCAGCAAGCUGUGAGAGAUGUGAGAGAUGAAGGUCAGUGCCCUGGCACUGCUGUCAGGCUGGUGGCUGGGCACUGUCCUGGAAGGUGACAAGACAGCUCUGCAUCUUCUCAUGCACGGACUCCAGGCACCCUGUGACAAAAAAUCACCUCUUCACACCUGCUGCUGCCCGAGGUACAGGAAGAGCUGCUCCCAUCAUUUUGCACCGUGCUUGUGCCAGAGUGCUGCCUCGGGAUGCCUGGCACAACAGGCACUGGACUGCUCCAUGCUGGAGCCCAGCAUGGGUAUUCAAGAGGCAUUUGGAUAAAACACCCUCAAGUAAUACAUACUUCAACUGGCUGCUGCAGGAAAUAAGAAUGGCCAAACCUGCUCCCUGUAGAGAAGAAAACCACUCAAGCCUCGUGUGUUCCAGACCCAGGUCUCAAAGCAGUAUGCAGUGUUACUGUAAUGAAGCCACAGCCACAGUAGUAAAUAACGUGAUGCAAAUACUGGCACAGAGGCAGCACCCACCCACCCACUCCAGAACAAAUGCAUGCAUUAAUUUGAAGUGCUGUUAGCUCACAGGCACUGUUACAAACUUUUGAGUAUAUUCUUCCCUCAGAAAAUGCCACUUGCUGUCAAGGCUGGUCUAAAUUAACUACGGAGAUUCACAAGGGGCACAAAGACUUACUAACAGGUCUUUUGGAACAUACACUAUGUGCCCCUGCAUUGAAAUAACUGCCUUUUGCUAGGGGUUAUAUAUUUAUCUGACUAGACAGAUGUAAAAUUAAACUCAGUCAUGCAAAUACAAAUUGAAAAUGAGAGCAUGAGUUGCAUCUGUAUUGUUACUAGCAGGCAGAAGAAGAGGUGAAGAGUUUCAUCAGUUUCAGGAAGGACACGUGCAGAUCCACUUGCAAGAACAGAUCCAUCCUACACUUAGUUCUUUUUGCCUUACCCAAGCACUAUCCAAGACACUUCAGAGCUGUAGAUCACUGUUAAUUUUUUUUAAACAGUAAAGAGAAUUUUAAUUUUUUUUCACAUUACAGUUUCCUUGAAAUGAACAACCAGACUAGACUGGUUUGGUUUACAGCUGAGCCUAAAUGCCAUAGUUUGAACUUGAAUUACAGUUUUUUUUUAAAAUUUAUUUGCUUAAGGAGCAGACUGGACCUUCCCAAAGCUGAGCAACUUCCAGCAAGAAGGACUGUCUAUGUUUUUAUAGACUGUAAAAUGCAGUUAUCUGACAGCAUCUAGAAAAGUACAAUAUUUCCAGAGGAGAGGGGAGAAAUAUUGCUGAAGCUCCUUGCAACUGGAACACAAGCAUGAUUAUCUGCCAGUAUUUCAGCUGACUUGCUAGCAGGAGGGUUUGAGCGAAGAGCCCACUUAAGUUGCUGGAAUUAGCUCUGGAAUAUCACUGUCCAGAAAGGAAUAGGGCUAGCCUGUACCUGGCCUGAAGGGUUCAGGAGAGAAGGUGAUGACAGCUAGAUUAUUACAAAAGGCUUCCUCCUGAGAAUCACCGUCUUUGCACUACAAGAGGGAAGAAAGCAACAAGCAUCCAUAAACUAAUAGAAAAUAAAUUCCAAACACUAACAUUUGUUCAGCAAUUACAUAGAAUAUUUAUCACCACUGUAACGAAUGGUGAUCUCUGACCCCCCCCAAUAUUUUCUGCAAAUGAAUCCAUUAGUUCCAAACCCUUUCUCUUAUCAGUACAUGGGCCAUAAAGCAAGAGGAGAUUAACUGUAUUUCUAAUAAUGAGUGAAAAAGAUUUUUAUAGUUAAGACAGUAUUGGUUUCUGAACUGCUUUGAUUUUUGGCUUAUUUAAGAUGCACCUACAAAGCCAACUUCUUAAAAAUUAAUAAAUCUUUCCUUUAAUUCAGUCUGCCAAGAAUGAAGAUUGAAUGCUGACUACUGCAGGAGACACCGUAGUGAUGCAAACCAAAGGAUUAGGGAUUAAACAAGGAUUACUGAGCACUAAAUCAACGUGCUUCCCUUUUGCCUGGGUGUCUGUGGUGUGAAAGUGUGGCCGAUUACAUAAAACAUGGCCCAUGACUACCUGGAUUAACACUAGACCAUGGUAUAGACCAUGGCAAAGCAGUGCUGAGACAGAAGAUCUGAUAUUUUAGCAUAACCAUUCUGUGUGUGUAUUA